GAAGAAAAUUCGCCAUGGCCGCUGAAAAGUCUCCACUGCUCAAGGGCGGUGCGCCUUCCGUCGAGCUCAAGCAGGCCCGAGAUCCUCUCCAAAAGCAUGCGCGUCAAGCGAAGGUGCCUCUGGGCCAGGAAACGUUGGACGUAGCUAGCAUGGCGCUGCAGAUAUCCCUCCGACAAAUGGUGCGUCAGGUGAUGACCAUCACAGACGCCGCGUUCCUAGGACAUAUUGGCACCAAGCAGCUGGCUGGCGUGGCGCUGGCGGGCAUGUGGAUGGGCGUGCCGUCGGCUUUCGUUCAGUUCUCCAUCCAGGCCAUCUCCACGUUGUGUUCGCAAGCGUAUGGCGCGGGCAACCACGACCUCGUCGGCGUAUGGCUCCAAACGGCCAUCGUGUUUUCGGUGCUUGGGUCGAUUCCUGUCAUGAUCUGGUACAUGUACGUGGGCAACAUGAUCGCCCUCACCAUGGACGACGCGGAAACGGUGGCGUACGGACGCGAGUUUGCGCACGUGAUGGCGCUAGGGUUGAUUCCGCAGUACGUGUACGGGGCGUUGACGGCGUACUUUGCAGCACAGGGGAUCAUCAUGCCUGCCACGAUCUGCAGCAUCGUCACUAUGGGGCUCAACAUUGUCCUGAACCAAGUGCUGAUUCACGGGGUGGACGGACAAUGGGGCGGGCUCGGGUUCGUGGGGUCGCCACUGGCCACCGUCGCCAGCACCGUGCUACAGCUGGCGCUGUUUCUGCUGUACACGGUUGUGUGGAAGGGGUACCACACGCCGACGUGGGGCACCGGGUGGACGUGGGAGUGUGUCAAGAAGGACCGGCUCGACGUGUUCUUGGCGUUGGCGAUUCCCAUGGGCGCGUCCGCCGUGGUGGACUGGGCGUCGGCUACCGUGGCGGGGGCGUUCUCCGGCUACUUGGGGCCCAAUAUCGCCGCGUGUCAAGCUGUGCUGAACGGUCUCUUCGGCGUCGUGAGUGCGUUUGUGAGCGGAUUCGCAACUGCCACCCAAAUCCGCAUGAGUCGAUACCUUGGUCAAGGCAGCGCUGGCAACGCCAAGCGCGUCUACUUCAUUGGCGCCGGUCUUGUGUUUGUGUCGGCGGUGGUGCUGCUGGCGGUGGUCGUAACCUGUCGCCGCUUGUUGUUUGGCAUCUGGAGCAGCGACGUGGUUGUGGCGGACAUGGCCAGCGACGCCAUCGCCGCGUUUUCUCUGUGCAUUUUGGUCGCGUUCGGCCGGUUCCUGCUCACGGCGUGCAUGAAUGCCGUGUCCAAGGCGGACUUGAACCUUGUGGCCAACAACAUUGCGUCGUGGCUGGUCUUUGUGCCCCUCAGCUACGUGUUUCCCAUUCGAUUGGGAUGGGGCCUCGCCGGAUUUUGGUGGGCGGACGCGCUGGGCGAGCUGCUCAAAGCCUCCAUUUUGCUCUACGACAUGGCCAGCUUGGACUGGCAUGCCGCCGCCGACGAAGCCCAGCUGGCCGCGGAAACGUCCCUCGCCAACGACUACGGCGAUGAAGACGAACACCGCGAGCUGAACGCGGCCAAAAACGAAGCCCUGCUCUUCACCCCGCGGAGCUUCAAGAGCCCGUCGAUCAACAUGACUAUGACCCCCCCUGUCACCCCCAACGACAUGCGUCGCGCCAUCGGACGCUCCCGAUCAGCCGCCAAUCCAAACAUGUAAAUGCCUCAAUAUUUCAUUGAUGCAUGUUAACAUGAGUUUUGGGUUCUGUUGGGAUAAACCAGAAAUCAGUUGUCGGAUUAUAAUUUGUCGACAAAUAUUAUAAUUUUGUUUGUGGAAGUCACAGUCAGUGGGCCAAUAUGUAUUGUUCUGGUCACACGUGUAAAGCAGCUGUGAUUCCACGUUUUUCGACACCAAAAGACACUAGUAGUAAAUAUUAAGAGUAUUAAUACAUACCUCGAAC